UAUUAUUAAUCGUAUAAUUUAUUAUUAAUACAUUAUUAUUAAUUGAUUAUGACAUCCAGGCUUACAUCAUGUUUUCAACACAAUUGGCUAAGGUGAAUUCAGGGCAAAUAAUCAGGUUAAAGGUUGUUUCAAUGGAGAGAAUAACAAAUUCUCAACGUUGGCAACCAUAGAAGCAUUCUACUUGUGUGUGUGUGUGUGUGUGUGUGUGUGUGUGUGUGUGUGUGUGUGUGUGGGGGUGAGGGAGGUUAGUAAAAAAGUUUUCAAGUGAUAUUGAAAGGGGUUUUGCAUAAUGGUGAACAAGCAACAAAGUAAACAAUCCUAAACUGGAUGGCUCCCUCAUAAUGAUCUCUCACUUCACUGCAUCAACUUGAGCUUUGAUUCAUCAGUAACUGACAGAAACACAUGGACACACUGUGUGGCCUUCAACAGACUGUUGAUCUGCCUUUGUUUGAAGCAUCAGUCUGCUGUCUCAGUUAGACUGACUUUUAUAAAGGUGAAAUACAUUAUGAAGAUAACGGGUCUAAAAGUCAGGUUUUAUGGUGGCAUGGAGUGGUUUCAGUUCCCUUGAAAAAGCUUGCGUAUUUAAUAAUUGUUUAUGUUUUCUUUUGUAGCUGAAUUGAAGUGUGAGCAUGCUCAGAGAGUGGCAGAAAUGGAGCUGGUUAUGCAGCAGAAGCUGCGAGAGCGACAGAAGGUUUACGAGGAAGCCUUCAACCAAGACGUAGAGAAGUAUCUGUCCACUGGAUGCCUACAGGGCAAAGAGUCUGCAGGGGUCGAUGUGGCUGUUCUAGAUCAGAUGACAUUUAUUAACUUAUCAGACCUGGAGGCCCUGGAUGAUUUUCUUAAUUCCACUGGUGAAGAUUCCAGUUGUGGAUCCUCUCUGACCUCAGGUCCAGAUCUUAAUUCUUCCUCUUUGGAGUCCUUGAAUCAAGUUCCUCCCAUAAACAGCAGUCAGUCAGACCGGGCUGCAGAGUGGCAGCAGGAGGAGCCACUGGUUCAGUCAGAUGAGGAGGAUGUCCAAGCAGACAUGUCCCUGGCUGCUGUGCAGGAUGUUGGCACGGUGUGGGACUCUGAUGAGAGCGAUGGAGCAGAUCCACUAAUGGAAAAACCUCAGAAUUAAAGAACUGCAGUUCAGUAAUCAGUAAAAGAACUUUGUUCCUGUAAACCCAGGCAUUCAACUCCAGUCUUCAACAGCUACAGCCCCUCAUUUUUCUGUGUCCCUGCUCUAACACAGCUGAUUCAGAUAACGGGGUUAGCUCCUGUGGGAAUGAGUGAUCACAUGACUGUUAAAGAAAAGGAAAGAUUAAAACUUGUAUAAUAAUAUUCUACUAAUUUGAGAACAGACAGACUUGAAAGAUGCUACAGCUUUUAAAGAAAUGCUAUGGAGGGGACCUUCACAGUGAUUCACCUCAUUGUGUACAAAGUUAGACUUUGAGUUGGUAUUUUUUAAAGUGAGUUUUGUUCCAGUCAGAGUUAAGCAGAGUCUGCCAGACCAGCCCUCUGCAGCUUCGCCAAGAUGGAGGGAAUUUUGGGUCCAACUGCGAGUUGUGAAUCAACUAUUAGCUCUAAUAAUUUCACAGAACCUCACAUUAAAAAAUCCUUUAACAAGAGUUGUUUUGUUAAAAGUAUGGUAUGGCAGCAUGUUGCUUCUCUUGAUUCCUAAUUAGACAGGCAUCUGAAGUAAAGUUGUCUUGGUGUUAAAUAUUUGUAAUAAAUUAACUUGAACCACAAAGGCAUUUGGGAUUUAAUUUGUUUUAGAAAUCAAUCUUUAAAAGGCUCUGCUUUGAGUUGCGUUUAAACUUCACUUGUCCAAUAAAACUGAUUUUCCAAACUC